AGGAGGAGGAAGAAGAAGGAGGAGAAGAAGGCGGCCGAUGCACGGGCGGCCGCGGGUCCCGCAGUGCCCCGCAGCUCCGGGGCCGGCCCCGCGAUGCACUGCCAGCCGCAGCCCCGGCUCGCCGCUCCCGGCCGGCAUAGGGCAGGCAGGAGGCGCUACAAGACCUUCAUGAUCGACGAGAUCCUCUCCAAGGAGACCUGCGAUUACUUCGAGAAACUUUCCCUCUAUUCCGUCUGCCCGUCCCUCCUCGUCCGGCCCAAGCCGCUGCACUCCUGCGCCGGCUCCCCUUCUCUGCGGGCGUACCCUCUCAUCUCCGUCAUCACCCGGCAGCCCUCCGUGGUCCCUCACCUCGUCCCUGCUGCCACCAGCUCCCGCGUGCUGCCAGCCCAGACCCCGGCAGGCACUGCCAGCUCCGAGGCACCAGCCAGCGAGACCCAUGGCAGCAGCGAGUCGGAGGCAGAGCAGCCCACACCUCGGCUGAAGAAGCCACGCCGGAGCAGGACCAUCUUCACCGAGCUCCAGCUGAUGGGCUUGGAGAAGAAGUUCCAGAAGCAGAAGUAUCUUUCUACCCCUGACAGGUUGGACUUAGCCCAGUCGCUGGGGCUGACACAGCUGCAGGUGAAGACGUGGUACCAGAACCGGAGGAUGAAGUGGAAGAAAAUGGUGCUGAAGGGUGGACAGGAAGCUCCAACAAAGCCCAAAGGCCGUCCAAAGAAAAACUCCAUUCCCACCUCGGAAGAGAUAGAAGCAGAAGAGAAAAUGAACAGUCAGGCUCAGAGUCAGGAGCUGGAGGGAUCUCAAGCCCCAGAGGAGCCUAAACUGACAGAGGAGAAGCCAGAAGUCUCUUUGGAGACAGAGGAGUCUCCAGAACAUACACCAGAGCCCUCCUCAGAGGAGACUACACCAUCGAGUUAAAAGGGGAAGAAAGGAGGGAAAAAGAAAAGCAAAAAGAAAUAUUAAAGAGAAAAACCAAAACCAAAUAUAUAUAUAUGUAUAUAUAUAUUUAAAUAUGUAUGUAAUUGUGUGUGUGUACAUAUAUAUAUAAAUAUAUAUAUAUAUAUGUAGACCUUGUGUAUAAGUCUAAAGAUUGGUCACUUUGUGCCUUUGGGAAUCAGCCAUCAUGGGCCAUGGUGGGAGAAAGACCGUGCUGGGACUGUGUUGGAGGGGUCGGUGUGAUAGCUUAACUUUACCCUUGCCUUUUAAAGUAGUGCAAAUGGACAGAGCGCUUGGUCUGGUCUCAGAUCAGGGACAGUGAAGAAAUGGGGAGCUCUGAUAGCUCCAUUUCCUUGUGUAACAGCACUUAUUUGUGUUUGGGAUGGGCCCUACUCCAAACCAUUUCAGGAAGGAGCUCGAUCCCAUCGCUUUGCUUUGGCCCAGUGUAAAGAUCAAAGCUUCUGAAGCGAGAUCCACACCGGGUUCAGCAUCCAGGUUUCAUCUCUCGUGGUCGGUUGGGUGCCGUGUCUGUGGAUUUGCAGUGAUCCAGGAUAAAACUUGGAAUGAGAGGAUGGGUUUGGAUUUGAGUCUGCUCCAAAAGCUUUGGGAUGCUUGGAGCUGGGAUUGUUGCUUCGGGCCCACUUCUAAUUCUUGUCAGGUUUUUUUCUAAAGAACACUUAAAUGUUUCCAGGGCUUUGGGAGAAGGAUGGAUUGAAGAAGUUGCUGCAGAAAGUUCACAUUUGUCUAAGAUGUGUGCCAAGAAUAGACGUGCAUCGUGUUUCAUAAAGUCUUGUUAAGGGUGCAUUUUGCCCAAAGGCUGCAAGAGAUGUAUUCAGAUAACCUUUAUUUUUUAAUUAAAAAUGAAAUAUCUAAAUAAA